UCCUUCUCCCUUCUAUCACCAUCUCCCAGAUACACACGCUCUUUCUCUCUCUAGUUUCUCUCUCUAGAAACCAUGGAUAGGAAGAUUGUGUCGGCGUUUGCAUGUGUGUUUAUUAUAGUUGUUGGUGUCGGUGCGCAAUCUCCGGCGGCGGCACCGAGCAUUACGCCGCCUGCUACGGUGGUGACUCCCGCUGCAACACCGGUUACUGCGACGGCGCCGUCGACACCGAAAUCGGCAGCUCCGGUGACCGCUCCGGUUUCGGCACCGCCGACUGCUGUUUCGACGCCGCCGACUGUGGUUUCGACUCCCCCGGCUACAUCUCCGGUUUCGGCUCCGCCGACAGUGGUGGUUCCAGUGCCGGUUUCAGCUCCACCGGCUAAGGCACCUGUGAGCUCACCUCCGGCUCCAGUGCCGGUCAGCUCUCCGCCUGCUCCAGUACCAGUCAGCUCUCCUCCUGUUGUUGCUCCGGCGACUCCUCCAGCUGUGCUUCCGCCUGCGAAGGUUCCUGUGGCUGCGCCUCCUGCGGAGGUUCCUGUGGCUGCGCCGCCUGCCAAGGUUCCUGUAUCUGCGCCUGCUCCAAGCAAGAAGAAGACUAAGAAGCACCAUGUGCCUUCGCCAGCGCCGACACCCGAGUUGCUCGGACCACCUGCACCACCGACCGAAGCUCCCGGACCGAGUCUCGACUCAGUCUCUCCUGGUCCUUCACUAGCAGAUGAGAGUGGAGCAGAGAAAUUGAAGAGCAUGCAGGUGGUGGUCGGAAGCUUGGUAUUGGGAUGUGCUGUCUUGGGUUGGCUCUUCUAGAGAGAGAAAGUGUUUUAUUAUUAUUAAUUUUUUUUUUUUUUUUGGUUAUUUAAAUCUUUGUCCCCACGGGCCAUGUUUCACUUUCAUUAUCGCGGGAUCGAAUUUAAUGCUAUUAUUUGUUGUUUAUUUGUAUUAUUAUUAAUUAUUAUUUGACUGGCUUGAUAUGGGGAUUUACCAAAUUGGGGCUGGGCUUUGUAUUCUUUGGUGUUGUUUGAGUUGAAAUUUGUUUGUUAGCAUUGUGUAGACAAAUUUCUUCCCUUUGGAAUAUAUAUGAGACCACUUUAUUCUA